UUUUAUUAUUAUUUGGGAGAGGAUGUUUUCGGUCGUAAAGGGUAAAGUCCAAAACGGUGCGUGCGUUCUUCCGAUACUGCGACGUGUUCUACAUUCCAGCGGAAAAGGGUUCGAUGAGCCCCGUUUCUCCUAUCACCUAUAAGUUCACGAGGUCGUUGUGGGUACUUCCUAGACGCAACGAUCGAUUCGCUACCAGCACCCUGAUUGAUGGCCUGAUUCACUGGCGUUGUGUUCCGUCCGUGUGUUAACACACCCGGGGUGCCUUGACCGUUUGUUACUUGUUUCAGCUUCGCUCACAUUUUGAUUCCGAAAGUGAUAAGAGAAAGUGUUGUGUUGUGUGAUGGUUUGCAAAAUGAAGCAAAGAUCGGUGCCCCACUAAUCGUGGCCACGCAUUCAAACGUACGAACGGGCUGCGGGAGCGUAAUUGUAGCUGCACGUUUUUUUUCUCCUCCACGCGUUCGUGUGCACGCGGCGUGGUCGGUUUUGGUGCUUCACUCAGUGUGGUCAGUGUCGUUACCAAUCGCCCAGCUGAUAACCGUGUGGCUGCCGUGAAAAUUGUGGUUGUGAGUGACCAGCGAGGAAAGUGAUUUUCCCGAUGCAGUUACAGUUUUACAAUCUAAGCGCCAGGAAUAAGUGAAAUUUAAGGAAGCCACAGUAUUAAUCAGAGGAGGUGGUUGGAGCGUGAACCAGCAUGGCUGUAGCAACGACGGAACAGUCGCGGAAGAAUGUGGAGUUUGUGGUAAAGAACCUGUUUGCCGGAGGUGUGGCCGGUAUGUGUUCGAAAACCACCGUAGCACCGCUGGAUCGUAUCAAGAUUCUGCUGCAAGCACACUCGAUACACUACAAACACCUCGGAGUGUUUAGCGGGUUGCAGCACAUUGUCAAGAAGGAGUCCUUCUUUGCGCUCUACAAAGGCAAUGGUGCCCAGAUGGUACGGAUAUUCCCGUACGCAGCCACCCAGUUUACCGCGUUCGAAAUGUACAAAAAGUAUCUUGCAAAAGCGCUCGGUACGAAUUUGCCCAUCAAGCACGCGGAUAAGUUUAUCGCCGGAGCAGCAGCCGGAGUGACGGCCGUAACGCUUACCUACCCGCUGGAUACGAUACGAGCACGGUUAGCGUUUCAGGUGACCGGCGAACAUCGGUACAAUGGUAUUGUACAUACAGCUUUAAGCAUCUUCCGGACGGAAGGUGGAAUACGCGCCCUGUACCGUGGUUUCGUCCCAACGCUCAUGGGCAUGGUACCGUAUGCUGGCUUUUCGUUCUACUGUUUCGAGAUGCUGAAAUUUGUCUGCAUGAAGUACGCGCCGGGUGUGACGUGUAAAAAGUGUGAUCGUAACACGGGCGGGCUAGUGCUUUGUGUUCCCGCGAAGCUACUCUGCGGAGGAUUCGCCGGUGCGGUCGCACAAUCCUUCUCCUAUCCACUCGAUGUGACCCGGCGGCGGAUGCAGCUGGCGAUGAUGAAUCCGGAGACGGCCAAAUUCGGCAUGGGCAUGUGGAAGACGUUAUCCAUCAUCUACAACGAGAAUGGCAUCAUCAAGGGCCUGUACCGGGGGAUGUCGAUCAAUUAUCUGCGAGCCAUCCCCAUGGUAGCGGUGUCCUUUUCGACUUACGAAGUGCUGAAGCAGGCUCUGAAGCUGGACACGGGCAUGAAAAUAUAAUCGGGUUAAGUGCAUCAUCGUCACCUCGAAUGGUGAGCGGCUGAUGGAUAAUGCGGCGCCUGCACAUAAGUCCACGGAGUGGACAAGGUCACAUUUCAGCAAUACCAACCGCCCCCCCGGAGGGGACGAUUUUUCAUCAUCACAUUAAAUGGUUUAGUUUAGUAUUUUUGACAUUCAUGUACACACUUUCGUCCCUUUUCUCUUUCUCUCUCUCUGUUUUGUAAGUUGCCCUUGUUUUCCUUUGUUUUUAGCUAAAUAAGUCAUUCAUAUAACGACAGUUCAAAGCCACAGUUUAAAGCGGGAAGGUAGCUAAUGCAGAUAAACCAAUAGGAUCUUAUUUAUUUUUUAAACUUCUUAAACUUUUCCAGUAUACUAUUUGUUCAGAUUCAUCAGCAUCAGGAGGGGAUACACAUGUAAUCGUGGUAGUACCGAUUUGAUAUGGCAGCUAGAAAAGCGUUCGUACGCUGGAACUAGAUUCCAUUUUGGUUUAAACCAUGCCAGCUGAUAUGCUUGUCGAACUCUUAUAAUUUUCGAUCGGUUAGAUUUUUUUGUAUGUACUUAAAAUUGAGAAAGAAUGAAAAACAAAUACACAAUCCUUAAUUCGCGCUUAAUGAGCGAUGGUAAGGUCGAGUCCUUUUUCUUUUCAUUGGCCUUUAUUCUGCGAAACGAAUAAAUUGUCUUAUGAGCAGUAUCCAGGGGAAACGAAAUAAAUCGAACUCUUUCUUGCCGGAAGGAUCGUAGGAUCGUACGAAUUGGCUGGUUAGCUUAAAGAUGAGAAUACUGUUAGCGUCAUUAUGACCAUUAGAAGAAGACUGUAUGACUGUUUUGUGUUUUAAACCUUAAUGGAAUUGAUGUUAUUUUCUCGUUCGCCUCUGUGUUUCCUUUCCUCUUUGGGCAUGCCAGACAUUCAGUAACCACGACAAUGUGUUAAGUGCGUCAGUAGCGUAAAUAAAGAGAUGAUAUACUAUUUUGUUAAAAGCUUUGGCAGCGUUUCACUUGAAUCGAAGUGUUCGGCAGAUUUGUCGCAAUGAAGAAGAAUGAAGAAACACUCAGUGCCGGU